AUGCCUGCGGGCAAGGCCCCUCCUCAGGCGGCCUUUGUCGAGGACUUCGACGAGGAUGCGCAUGACAUCGUACCCGACAGCCGGCAGUCAGCCAAUACUACUGCCAACACGGCUGUCAAACUCUCCUCCAGGUUGGAUCUAAGAUUCCCAGCGGAGCCGCUGAUCGACGGCGCCAGUGACUCAGGGUAUUCUAGUCGCACCGCCGCCACAGUCAACAGCACCCAAUCUGGGCCGUCAGGCGGGAAGAGUCCCCCGGUCCCUCUUAAGCUGGACAUGCCCAAGCAGCGGACCGGGCUAGCCAGGAAAAGCUCCGGCCGCAAAGAACGCAAAGACAAGGAACGCGUCCGACCAGAGCACGCCGAGAAGAUGCCGAUGGGUGCCUAUCCGGGCUCCGCCCACCAUCAUGCUCACGUGCAACGGUCGCCGUCCAAGUCUCGUCGUCGGGACUCUGCCCACAUUCGACACUAUCCUCCUGAAGCCUAUUACGAGGGGUCCGCCUACUACCACCAGCCGUCCACCCCCGUCGAACGUCCCCCGAUGGACUAUCCACCCUACCACUUCACGCGGCCGCCGAUGCCCGACUACCCCCGUCGUCGCCACAGACAUCUCGUUAUCCUUAUGCUAUUGAGGAAUACCACCGUCCAUCUAGCCGGCCCAGCCGCGCGGGCUCGUACCGCUCGACACUACUACGAGCAUGGCCCUCCGUCCGCCGCGGUGGCUUAUGCCCCCCAGCAGUACGCUAGCUCUCCGUACGGAGGGUCGUUUCACGGCGGUUCUGAGUAUGGGCCUCCCUCGGACUACCCGCGAGAGCGAUCUCGAUCUCGAACUCGGGAACCGUCUCAACAACCCCAAACCCGGGCACGUCGUUCGUCUUCCAUUUACGGGCCACCGCCUAUGGAGCAAACUGUGUUCCCGGACUGGGUGGAUGAAGCCGAGUCACUGGACCAUUGGCCCUCUCAAGAAGUCCCCCGUGAAGUCCCUCGUGAAUACCGCCGGGAACGUGAAGCCCCCCGUGAAUACCACCGCGAGGUUCAUCACGAGGCAACUCGCGGUCGUGCUCCCAAGCCGCCUCGAGACGAAGACUAUUACCGGAUGCCCCCUCCACCUCCACCAGCGCCCCAGAAACACAAGGCGCAGGUCCACCAGAUCAAACGACCUGAACCACGCAAGGCCCAGACCACCCAAGCCGUACCACGCCAGCGGCGUCAAUCUCGCACCGCCAUGGAUAUGAGCGAUAUGGCCGCAGCGUUGCCAGAUUACGGCCGACGCGUGUCCCGCGAGGCACGGAUGCCCGAGCGCAGCCACAGCCUCCGUGACAGCAAACGAUCAAACUCCUAUCACGACAGCGCCCGCGGCGCCCAGAUCGCCGUGGAGAACUCCCGCCGCCGACGUACUCAGCAGUACUAUUACGACGAUGGCGGCAGCACCGACACGGGCGGCCUGGAAGACCGUGAACGCGAGGUCGAACACUAUCAGGCCCAACAGUCUGGCCGGAUGAGCACCCUGCCCGCCUCGGCCGAGGCCCUCCUUACCAAGAGCGCCACCGUCGCGGGCAGCGACAACGGCAGCGCAAAGAGCCGCUCGAACAGCAGCCGAGGCAGCGGCAGUGGCGAGAGUAAGAACAUGAACCUCACGGUGAAUGGAUUAACUAUCGGAUUCACGGAGGAGUCCGUCGCCGGCAAGAACAUCAGCAUCCGUGCCGGCGAUACCGGUCGUGUGCAGUUGUCUAUUGCUGGUGAACGACGGCCCAAGCAGUAUCUCACGGGCGGCUCCUCCUACUCCGAUAACACAGGUCGUGCUAGCCGCCGAGAGCUGGAAGAAGCGCCGCGCCGCCCGCGUGAUGAUCGUCGCUCUGAACGUGCGAGUCGCCGCUCGAGUCAAUCGAGCUAUGGUGGACCCCGUCGGUAUGCGAUGUAA